AUGGCUUCACCGGAUGUCGAUUGUCCUUGGCUAUGUGCUGCUGGUGAAUCUUUUAGUGGAUGUUUCAAUAUUCAAAUUGAGGUCCAACCAGCCAAUGUUUUAAAUGUGCUGGAAGCUCCUGCAUCUUCUGAGUCUGAUACCCGUAAUAUCCCCAAGCCUCCACCUUAUCCUACUAAAACAUCCAAAACAGCCAACCAUUGCCAAAGGAUCACAGACAGUUGCUCUGUUCCAAAGGAAACGAAAGAUACAUGGGAGAGGCUAUUCAAGGAAGCAGAUGGUGCAGAUGUUUACGUUAUAACAGAUAGCAACUCCUAUAUUCCAGCUCAUUGCAAUGUUCUGAGUAUUGCAUCGCCUGUGCUUGGGAAUAUCCUGCAGCAGUCAAAAGUUAAGAAUGGUAUUAGAUACAUCAAAAUUCUUGGUGUACCUUGUGAAGCUGUCUACACGUUCAUUCGGUUUUUGUACUCAUCCUGCUAUGAAGAGGAUGAGAUGAAAACGUUUGUUCUCCAUCUGUUGGUUUUAUCACACUCGUACUCAGUCCCAUCACUGAAAAGAGUUUGUAUAGACCUUCUGGAGCAGGAACUACUGACCAAAGAAAAUGUGAUAGAUGUGCUUCAGUUAGCAAGAAGGUGUGAUGCGCCACGACUCUCCUUCAUUUGUGUUCGUAUGGUUGUGAAGGACUUGAAAUCUGUAUCCUCAACUGAAGGUUGGAAAGUUAUGAGGCGUUGUAACCCUGCCCUUGAACAAGAGCUUGUAGAGUCUGUUGUCGAAGCAGAUUCGAGAAAACAAGAGAAGUUGAGGAAAAUAGAAGAGAGAAAAGUAUACUUGGAACUGUAUGAAGCAAUGGAGGCUCUCCUUCACAUAUGCAGGGAUGGGUGUAGGACAAUUGGACCUCGUGACAAAAUGCUCAAAGGAAGCCUAGUUGCCUGCAACUUUCCUGCUUGCAAAGGACUCGAGUCCUUAGUUCGUCAUUUCUCCAAUUGCAAGACUCGGGUCCCAGGCGGUUGUGUUCACUGCAAACGCAUGUGGCAGCUUCUCGAACUGCAUUCUCGUAUGUGCAAUGAGCCUGAUCUCUGCAAGGUUCCCCUUUGUAGGCAUUUCAAGGUUAAAAUGCAGCAGCAAACGAAGAAAGAUGAAGCUAAGUGGAAACUGCUGGUGAGCAAAGUAAUAGCAGCAAAGAACGCAUUGGGGCCAUUCUCAGCUCGGCGUAUAGAUUUAUUCUGA